AUGCUGCAAUCCGCGUGGGAGUUCGCAAAACGGAACAAGGGGAAGAUUAUUGCUGGUUAGUCAUUUUCAAUUGAAUAUAUCCAAAUCCCAAGUCGUUUCCAGGCGGUGUUUUGAUUGGAAGUGCAAUCGCUUAUGCUCAAUCCACAUCAACAGGUCGUGUAUUGGAGAAGCCACAUGCAAAUAACGAACUCCCGAAUCAGGUUGGAAGAAUGUUUUUGAGAUUUUGCCGAAAUCCAUUUUACAGGCGCGAAGGCACUACAUAUUCGACUCAACUCACCGCUCCUGUGACCAAUCAAUCACCGAUCUUAUUCCAUCGGUUGUAACCCAAAUCCAGGUAUCCUUGAAUAUUAUUCUACUUCCCUUUAUACACUUUCAGGCUCGAUUUGACGUGGAAUCAAUUCAAGAGAAACUUCGAACGACUCCCGACAUGACCGCCGAUCAAAAACUGCAGCUUUGGAAUCAAUUGAAGGUAUUUUCUGUGCUUUUGAGUCAUAAGACACGCAAAAUUACAGACCAAUGUAUUCUGCCGAAUCGUCUCUGUCGCAUACGGUUUUUCCAUUUUAACGUUAACACUGAAGGCUCAGAUUUCGAUUCUCGCAGCAGAUACGUGUGCUCAAUUCGAAAAGCGCAAUCAGACUUCACCAUGGUAAUUGUGAUUGUUGCAUGAGAAUAUGUGGGCAAAUUUCAAUUUCAGGCAGACGUAUCUUCCAGAAUCCGUGAAUUCUUUUUGGAAAACGUCCAAGAACGGAUCGAAUUCAAUGGCACCGACUGAUAAUCCGAUGGAAGUGGGAAACCGUCGCAUUUUCCUCCAAUGCGUUCAAUAUUUCACACUUCGCGGUGAGUUUAAACACUCGAUGUUUGCAAAAAAGUGAAUGUAAAACUUGCAGGUAUUCCCGAGCUCAUGGAAUAUGUCGCCGAAGCGAUUUCUGCGGAGCUCGAGAAUUGGAAACUGACGGAUGUGAAAACCAAAGCUGAGAUGCGCGACUUUUUCGAUAGAGUUGGAAACCGGGUCGGGUUCACAGGCCUUCUCACAAAACUAGUCGCCCCGUUGGAUGAUGGGGUGAGUAACCCGUCUAUUUACUUUUGAUUUUCUUCUCAUUUUUACAUUUUCAGCAAGAUGCGAGCUCGGCCGUUGUGAAACUUCUUCAGAAGUUAACGAAUAACUUGGAGUCCAGCAAAAGCAUCAGUGUGCUUAAUAGCCUCCUCGAUUUCUAUUUCUCAGCUGCCCUGAAGGUUGGUUUUAAAGUUGAGAGAGAUCUUCAUCAAAAGUAAUGUAUUCCAGAUGAUUGGGAGCGAGGAGCAAUCUCUGGUGAAGUAUGUCCCGUCUUUCUCCAAUUCUUUCCCGGUUCUGACUUCCACUGCCUUCGACAGCCCUCUCUUCAAUUCUUUGUACUCUUCUGACAUUCACCAAUUUGCCGUCUAUGUCUUCAACUCGUGA